AUGCCAUGCACUCAUGGCACUUUUUAUACAGUCAGAUCCUUUCAUAACACCAUCACUCGUAUUAGUGAUACCGUUCAACAGGCACUUGGCAAGGGUUGGCCAGUUGUUGCACUGGAAUCCACCAUCAUCACUCAUGGCAUGCCAUUUCCACAAAACCUUGAAACUGCCAUUGAAGUAGAAACCAUUGUGAGACAGCAUGGAUGUGUUCCUGCAACCAUUGCACUGCUGGAUGGACAAUUAAGAAUAGGACUGGACGGGUCUGAUCUUGAACGAUUGGCCAAGAUUGGUCUCGAUGCUACAAAAACCUCUCGCAGGGACAUGGCUCUUGUUCUGGGUCGCAAUCUGCCUGGAUCCACCACGGUUUCUGGAACAAUGAUUGCGGCUCACAAGGCGGGUAUUGACGUGUUUGUUACGGGCGGUAUUGGUGGUGUGCAUCGAGGCAGCGAGUCUUCUAUGGAUAUCAGUGCUGAUCUGACCGAGCUGGGUCGCACUCCCAUCGCAGUCAUUUCUGCUGGUGUCAAAUCUAUUCUGGACAUUGGUCGAACACUAGAAUAUCUAGAAACACAAGGUGUUACAGUUGUUUCGUAUGGCGAUUCUGACGACUUUCCAGCAUUCUACACUCGUAAAAGUGGAUUCAAGAGUAUGGCAAACCUGACUACUCCUCAAGAGUGUGCUGAUAUGAUUUAUGCAAACUUAUCACUUGGACUCAACAGCGGUCUUGUGAUUGCAGUUCCAAUUCCUGAAAAGGACGCAUACCCACAUCCAGAUCGUCUUGAAAAGGUCAUUCAAGAUGCGAUUCAUGAAGCAAAUCAACGUGGAGUGCGCGGCAAGGACAUUACACCGUUUUUACUGGACAAGGUCAAAACGUUGACGGGUGGAAUGUCAUUGGCAGCCAACAUUAGUCUUGUAAAAAAUAAUGCAGCAAUUGGAAGUGAUAUUGCUCGUGCUUUGUCA